AUGUCUAACUACCAGCCAACCGAGCACGACGGUCUCCGCCAGGACGGCCAGCCAGACAAGCGCACUCAGCAGACUGAGUUCGCCUACGGCAAAGUCGACCCCGUUGAGGCCGGCAAGCAGGGAGGUCACUCCAGCGGUGGUAGUGCCUCGGAUGGUUCCGAUGCUCCCCAGGGCGCAGCCCAUCAGGGAGGUGAUGGUCUCAGAAAGGAUGGCCAGCCUGAUCAGCGAUUGAAGCAGAACCAGUAA